GCACUCGAUCCCAACCGCUCUAUCCUCCCUGCAUCACCUCUCCGAUCGUCUCCGCGUACGCACAGGCGAAUAAGGGAAGGCCCGGGACGCCACCCUCUUGCGAAUGACAGGACGAACAUAUUCCAGGACACAGACGACGACGAUGGAGAGGACAAGGGCAAAGAAAAGGAGAAGGACGAGGAGCCUGAGUGGCCGGCGAUUGAUCGCAUGCGCCUGUGGAGACACGAUGCGCUCAUGCAGCAUCUGUACGACACCGCUGCCUUUUGGGGAGACAAGAUCGUCUCUUGGACCAAUGAUCCCAACGACGCCUUCUGGCUCGCGCAGACCUUCUUUCUGACACACCAGUACUCGCGCGCUGAGCGCCUGCUCACACGUCCUUUCCCAUCGAGGCCACCGUUUCGCGGCCCCCCCAGCUCGCGCUCGCAGUCUAUGACCAACGGAUUCGGUUCCCCACCUCACCCUUCCAAGUUUGCCCCGCAUCAUGCCACCGGCAUACCCUUCCCUGAUUUGAAAGGAAAGGGGCGCGAAGAACCCCGUAUUCCAGUUGGUCCGGCAGCUAUGAUUGAUGUUGCGGCAGAGCAGCAGGAGGGCAUUUCCAGGCUAGUCGACAUGAGUGUUGUCUGUCGAUAUCUGGCCGCACAGUGUUUGGUGAGGCAGGGAAAAUGGGCAGAAGCUACGGAGAUGUUGGGCGAGGCGAACCCGUUCAGAAACACAGGUCGAAGCGGUCCAGCCGUGCCAAAUGUCGACGGUGGCAUAAAGGUUGAGGCGUCAAUGUGUCACCUUCGUGGUCUUUUGAUGCUAAAACUUAACCGUGGAGAUCAAGCAAAAGCUUGCUUUAUGGAGGCGCUUGCUCUUGAUGUCAAAUGUUACGACGCAUUUGAUCAACUGAUUAGCGGUGAAAUGAUGACCCUUGAAGAAGAGUGGGAAUUUGUGCAGUCUCUCGCGUACAAAGAACAAACGCCGGAAGACGCAGAGUUCAUUCGACUCAUCUACACCGCCCGUUUGCGGAAGUACAAGCACGCCAAUGAACAUGCUCUCACACGUCGUCGGCUCGCAGAGGAGUUUGGGCUGUCAGACAAUCCAGACGUGCUAUUCAGCUUCGCAGACGCGUUAUAUGCGCAAUUUCGAUGGGCUGACUGUUUUGUCAUCACCUCUCGAAUAUUAGGCUUGGUCUCAGUGCACGCGCCGACGAUGCCUUUGCACAUCGCGUGUUUACAUCAUCUAAAACAUCUACAUUCGAAGCUGUUCGUUUUGGCACACGAGCUCGUAGAGCGGGAGCCCGAGUCCCCAAUCAGCUGGUAUGCAGUCGGUGUGUGGUAUUUGACUCAGAAGAAAUGGUCAGAUGCGCGAACGUAUUUCAGCAAAACAUCGUUAAUGGAUCCGCGGUUUGGGCCUGCGUGGAUUGCGUUUGCGCACACGUUUGCGUUUGAGGGGGAGCAUGACCAUGCUGUAACCGCGUAUUCAACAUGCGCGCGGAUGUUCACUGGAUCGCAUUUGCCACUCAUGUUUGUUGGCAUGGAACACAUUGUGCUUUCGAAUUACGGACCUGCGGAUGAAGCUCUCAACGCUGCAAAUUCGAUGUGUGACGGCGAUCCAUUGCUCAUCAACGAACGUGGUGUCAUGGCCUUCAAUCGUGGACAGUACGCAGACGCUGCUGCGAUGUUCAGACAAGCGCUAGAUUAUGCGCAUGUGACACAAGUGUCGCAGUCGUCGUGGGCAACGACAUAUCUCAACCUUGGGACGUGCCUACGCAAACUUGGGCUUUUGGAAGAAGCAAAGGACGCGUACAUCAGAGUGUUGGAAAUCGACAGCCGUUCGGCAGCGGCACUUGGGUUUCUCGGCCUGGUGUACCAUCUUUCAGACCGGGUGCACGAUGCGAUCGUCAAAUACCACGAGGCACUCUCGAUCAACCCCCUCGAUGGGCAUGUCCUCGAUCUUCUCAACCUCGCGCUCGAAGCUACC